CAAAGAAACAAAUCAAACGAAGCCAUCGAGCAAAAGCAAAGAAAAAAAAAGAGAGGUCUUCGUUCCUCUCUCUCUCCACCCACUCUUCGCGUAAAUCUUCAAACCCUAAACCCCCAAUUCUCCUCUCGAUCUUCGAUCUAUAAUGGCGAACAUUGACAUUGAAGGAAUCCUCAAGCAGUUGCCCAGCGAUGGUGGUGUUCCUAAGACUAAGAUCGUCUGCACUCUCGGCCCGGCUUCUCGUUCCGUUCCGAUGCUGGAGAAGCUCCUCCGUGCCGGGAUGAACGUUGCUAGAUUCAAUUUCUCUCAUGGCACGCAUGAGUAUCAUCAGGAGACGCUUGAUAACCUCCGGAUCGCUAUGGUUAAUACCCAGAUCCUCUGUGCCGUCAUGCUUGAUACCAAGGGACCUGAGAUCCGCACUGGUUUUUUGAAGGAUGGGAAACCUGUCCAAUUGAAGGAAGGUCAAGAAAUUACAAUAAAUACUGAUUACAGUCUCAAGGGUGAUGGGGACAUGAUUACAAUGAGUUACAAGAAAUUGCCUGUUGAUCUGAAGCCUGGGAAUACCAUCUUGUGUGCUGAUGGUACAAUAACCCUUACUGUGCUGUCAUGUGACGUUGCUGCCGGUACGGUAAGAUGCCGUUGUGAAAAUACUGCUCUUUUGGGUGAGAGGAAGAACGUCAAUCUUCCAGGUAUUGUGGUGGAUCUCCCUACACUAACAGACAAAGAUAAGGAAGAUAUCCUGGGCUGGGGUGUUCCCAACAGCAUCGAUAUGAUUGCACUCUCAUUUGUGCGGAAGGGGUCAGACCUUGUUCAUGUUCGGGAGGUUCUUGGACCUUAUGCAAAGCGCAUUAAAUUAAUGUCAAAGGUUGAGAAUCAAGAGGGUGUUGUGAACUUUGAUGAGAUCUUAAGGGAGACAGAUUCUUUUAUGGUUGCACGAGGCGAUCUCGGGAUGGAGAUUCCUGUUGAGAAGAUCUUCCUUGCUCAAAAGAUGAUGAUUUACAAGUGCAACCUUGUUGGCAAGCCCGUCGUCACUGCCACCCAAAUGCUUGAAUCAAUGAUCAAAUCCCCUCGGCCAACACGUGCUGAGGCCACUGACGUUGCCAAUGCUGUAAUUGACGGUAGUGACUGUGUCAUGCUCAGUGGUGAGAGUGCUGCCGGAGCCUAUCCGGAGCUUGCAGUAAGGAUCAUGGCCAAGAUAUGCAUUGAGGCAGAGUCCUCCCUUGACUAUGAGGCCAUCUUCAAGGAGAGGGUGAGGGCCACUCCCCUGCCAAUGAGUCCCCUGGAGAGUCUUGCUUCCUCAGCUGUCCGCACGGCCAACACAGCCAAAGCCACAUUAAUCGUUGUCCUAACACGCGGUGGAACCACAGCCAGGCUUGUCGCCAAAUACCGCCCUUCAGUCCCAAUUCUAUCAGUAGUCGUCCCAGUUCUAACAACUGAUUCAUUUGAUUGGAUGGUCAGCGAUGAAACUCCGGCACGGCACAGCAUGGUCUACAGAGGCCUUAUUCCAUUGCUUGCAGAAGGCUCUGCUAAAGCCACUGAUGCUGAAUCAACAGAGGUGAUCCUUGACGCUGCACUGAAAUCAGCCGUGAAGCGGAGGCUAUGCAAGCCCGGUGAUGCAGUGGUUGCGCUACACCGUAUCGGCAUUGCUUCCGUCAUAAAGAUCUGCAUUGUCAAACAAUGACUAGUAACUUGAUAGUGGAUGAUGCAGUUUUUCAUUUGCCUCUAUUUCCUUGCUCAUAAAUUUUUCAUAAUCUGUCAUUCCCCUGCCAGUCUGAAAAAUUUUAUAAAAGUAUAAUUGGCUGUGUUUUAGGAGGAUGAACUCAAUCUUAGCACAGAUGAUGUAUUUAUCUUUGUUCCAGGUUGUUUAGUUGAUGCAGAUGAAAGCUUGUUAUCACACUCUAUUAUCUUAUCUCAGCCAUCCUGUUGUGAGAGCUAAUAAUAAGCCUUGCUUGUUCAUAUGAAACUCACUAGCUUCAUGUAUUUUUGCAUGAAUGUUAUGAAGGCAAAUCACUUUUUUACAGUUAA